UUCACACUACUGUGCUGCCCUGGCAAACUGCAAACAAUUAAAUACAAAUAUAUUGCGAAAUUUUGAAAAAUGAGCUUAGGUAAACGUGGAGCAUUUUUUGUUUUCGAAGGCUGCGACCGCAGCGGCAAGACUACACAAAGCAGACUCUUGGCCGAGUCCCUCAAGUCGAAGGGCAUUCAAACGUUGUCAAUGAACUUUCCGGAGCGUGAGUCUAGUAUUGGGCAGGUGAUAAACUCGUACUUAACCAACAGCAAGGAUCUGCCCGACGAGGUGAUUCAUUUGAUGUUCUCGGCGAACCGCUGGGAGUACAUGAACAAAAUCCGGAAGGAACUUUUGGCCGGCACAACGUUGAUUGUCGAUCGAUAUUCCUACUCUGGCGUGGCCUAUACCGUAGCCAAGGGAUUGGACUUUGACUGGUGCUAUGCCCCGGAACGGGGACUCAUUAAGCCCGACGCGGUGUUUUACCUCAAAACAGCGUCUGAGAACCUUUCGAAUCGCGGGAAAUACGGUGAAGAGCGCUAUGAAAAACUAGAGUUCCAGCACAAGGUGGCCGAGGUGUUCAAUCGGAUUUGCGAGCGUGAGUCCAGCUACUGGCAUGAAAUCGAUGCCAACCAGCCCGCGGCAGAGAUGCACACGCAGAUUUUAGGCAUUGUAGAGAAGCUGCAGCAGCAGGUGGAAGGGCAGCCGCUGGAGAAGUUAACCUAGCACAUAGCCCAGGCCCAGACCCAAGCUCAGGGCAAUUCAUUUACUAUCGCGCUCCAACGAGGGGAUUUAUUGUACAUUGAUUUAUGCCUUGCAAACGCAUUUGAUAUAAAUGUAAAAAUGG